AAAAUUUAAAAACUUGACGACACGAUAAAAAUGGAAGCUAGAGAAAGAAGACGACCCUGCAAACCGUCACCCCUCUCUGUUCCUCUCUGAUCUCUGCCAAAUAGUGAAUAUCUCUCACAGAGAGAGAGAGAGAGGGAGAGAGAGAGAAUACUGUUUGACUUCCCGAGGAACUAGAAGAAUAGGAAGUAGAAGAAAUCUCUGCUUUGGUUUUCAGGAUUGUAGCUUUCACCUAUUUUGGUCUGUCAGCUUGAGCUUGAGGAGUUUCUGACCGAGAAGUGACUCAUGGGUGCAUUCAGCUUCUCUGGUUUGGUUUCUUCUUGAUCUCAAAGACGACCUUUUGAUCGAUGGCCGCACCUGCGCUGUCGACAAAUGCUAGGAAAGAUCUCUGUACCCAGGUGGGCUGUCAGGUCUCAUCUGCUCCAUCUUCCAGUUCUUCCAGGGAGCCGUUAGUAGGCGCCACAUCUGCCUUCUCUGGCGGCACGAAGCCUUGUUCCGAACCCCCAUCUUGUUAUCAUCGUCAUCACCGCCACCACCACCACCACCAUCUCCAUCACCAUCAACCACGUGCUUUGGGUGGUCCCUGUCCUGUGCAUCCUGGAACCCCUAAAUCACCAAAGAAGCACAGUGGACUCGCUGUGUCUCUAAAUGCUCCUGCUGAGCAUUUGAAUAAGGGCGUAGGCUGUGGAGGAGCGCAGCAAUCCAGUUCCAGCAAGGAUAGUCAUAAAGGUGCUUCUGUGCCUCAUUUUUCAGAAACUGGUAAUUUACGAUCCCCUCCUCAGAAGAAGCUGCCUCAGGAACCAUUCUCAAAACCAGCUGAGAGAAGUGCUUCUACAAAUCUAGUCGGAACUGAGAAUACUCCGGUGGUGAAGAAGCUUGCUGCAGGAGGUAAGAAAGACGGUGCCAGCAACUCGUGUGACCGAUCGGCGUGCAACAUGGAGACUGUAGAUUGCGGUUCCAAACCGAACACGAUUCAGAAGAACAACUGCCGUGGUCCUCCGGUUGUUGAUAAUGAAGUUAAACACGUUGCUGUUAACAAUCAGUUGUCUUCAACACCUGAUUCAUGUGGCAAUUUGUUGCAACUAGAAGAAAACUUGUCAGAUAAGCUGUCUGGACCUUCUGUUUGUGAGACUGAUUCCAGUAAAGAAGUUAAUUGCCAAACUGAUUCUGGAAUGGAUUGCAAUAGUAACUAUGGAACAGCUUCAGACAGUAUGCACGGCAGUGAUCAGGUUGUUGAAGCCGACACCAUCAAUGAUGACUCCAGAGCUGCAAAGGUUGGUGACGGGGUGAGCAGUGCUGAGAAAGCCAGUGCAAGUGCUAAGGUUUGUGAUUCUCAUGCAGAUUUUGCUGAAAGUGGGAAGAGUAGUAUAUGCAGAGGAAGUAACAGCAGUGACAUUAGUGAUGAGAGCAGUUGCAGCAGUUUCAGCAGCAGCAUAAACAAGCCUCACAAAGCAAAUGACUCUAGAUGGGAAGCAAUUCAAUCUGUUCGGGUACGUGAAGGGGUUUUAGGACUCAGUCAUUUUAGGCUUUUGAAAAGGUUGGGAUGCGGAGACAUAGGCAGUGUGUACUUGUCGGAACUCUGUGGAACAAGAAGCUACUUUGCAAUGAAGGUCAUGGACAAAGCAGCUCUUGCCAGUAGGAAAAAACUGCUAAGGGCUCAGACAGAAAGGGAGAUAUUACAGUCUCUAGAUCAUCCAUUUCUACCCACUUUGUACACGCAUUUUGAAACCGACACAUUUUCAUGCUUAGUCAUGGAGUUUUGUCCUGGGGGAGAUCUACAUACACUUCGGCAAAGGCAACCAGGGAAAUAUUUUCCUGAACAUGCAGCUAGGUUUUAUGUGGCCGAGGUUCUACUUGCCCUGGAGUACCUGCACAUGCUUGGGAUCAUCUACAGAGACCUGAAACCAGAGAAUGUUCUGGUACGGGAAGAUGGACAUAUCAUGCUUUCAGAUUUUGAUCUGUCACUGAGAUGUGCCGUUUCCCCAACACUGGUGAAGUCAGCAAAUUCAGAUGCAGACCCAUCCAAGAAAAACCCUGGGUACUGUGUUCAACCUGCCUGCAUAGAACCCUCAUGCGUCAUUCAACCUUCAUGCGUGCAGCCCACCUGCUUUACACCCCGGUUCCUUUCAGGUCGGAUAAAAAAGGAAAAGAAAACCAAACCUAAGCCCAGAACUGAUGUUGGUAAUCAGGUCAGUCCCCUCCCAGAGCUCAUUGCCGAACCAACGAGUGCUAGAUCAAUGUCCUUUGUUGGAACUCAUGAGUACUUGGCCCCAGAGAUUAUCAAAGGUGAAGGUCAUGGGAGUGCUGUUGAUUGGUGGACAUUUGGUAUCUUCUUGUAUGAGCUGUUAUUUGGAAAGACUCCCUUCAAGGGAUCAGGGAACCGAGCUACCCUUUUCAAUGUGGUAGGUCAGCCACUAAGAUUCCCAGAAUCACCAACUGUGAGCUUUGCUGCGAGGGACUUGAUCCGCGGUUUGCUGGUGAAAGAGCCACAGCAUCGUCUUGCAUAUAGACGGGGUGCAACAGAAGUGAAGCAGCAUCCCUUUUUCCAGAGUGUGAACUGGGCUCUUAUUAGGUGUGCAAGUCCGCCCGAUAUACCAAGACCACUGGAAAUGGAUUUACCACCAAGAGUACAGGUACCAUCAGCUUCAGCAAGCGCAAAGAAAAACGUACCAGGAGUGGAUGUCAAACCUUCGGGUAACUAUCUAGAGAUUGAUUUCUUCUGAUAUGCAUUUUUUCUUAAUUAUCUUGUUUGUUGUGCAUUCUAUUAUGAGGAACUCCCGUUUCUCCUUCGUUGCCUUUCAUAUUAAUAUGGAUGGAUAGAUGUAGUUUUUAUGAGGAACACAUGCAACAGUUUGAUUUCUCACCGUCAUUUCGUAGUAUGGCAUAAUGAGGAAAGCAGUUGCUUGUGUUUCUUAUCAAAUCUGCCCCCUUAAAAUUAUUUACCCUUCUUUUA